UUAGGCUUUCAUUUCUCUAUUGCAGCAAUUAGCCAGGGAAUGUAUAAAAGGCGUCAGGGAGACUCACUGGGCUGCAGAGAGAGGCAUUUUGCACCACAGACAGCUAGCAAGAAGGGAAAGACAGAGAGUGAGAAAAAAGAGUCAGCCGCUCCUGGGGAAGAGAGUGAGACUGGGAGAAAGAGAAGCACAGAAAGUGUGUGUAAAACGGAGUAAAGAAAAAAAAAAACAAAAAACUACCCUUAAAGCACAUUAAAAAAAAAAAAAAAAAAAAAACUCUGGCAAUUCAAGAAAGAAACAGUCUACGUUUAAAGAGCAUAGAGACAAUGAAAGGCUAAAGAAAAUUUUAAAAUCUCUGCCACAGUCUCAUAGGUGCUUGGAAAUGAAAGUAGAACUGCCUGUCUUUAACGGACUCUGACAGGGGUAACUGGAUUAGGGACGAGUACGCCAGUUUUUUUUUGUUUUUUUUUUAACAUCUUAAAUCCUGAAAAAAAAAAAAAAAAAAAAGCAGCAGCUCCGAAUUGAAUGAAUUGAUGGGCACACUCCAACUGCUGGGCUGGAGAGACUGGACUUAGUCUUGCCAUUUCUGCUUCUUUGAAAGAGGAGACAACUUGGGCUUCCUUUUAAUUUAGUUUUUUUUCCCCCUUCUCCCCCAACCCCCAACCUUCCCCCUUACCUCCCCCACCCCCUUUAUCACCACCCCCCUUUUAAAUAAGAGGGUGAAGGGGAACCAGAGCGCACAAGGGAACUGACUCAGGAGGCAGAGAAGAUGGGCAUCCUCAGCGUAGACUUGCUGAUCACACUGCAAAUUCUGCCAGUUUUUUUCUCCAACUGCCUCUUCCUGGCGCUCUAUGACUCGGUCAUUCUGCUCAAGCACGUGGUGCUGCUGUUGAGCCGCUCCAAGUCCACUCGCGGAGAGUGGCGGCGCAUGCUGACCUCAGAGGGACUGCGCUGCGUCUGGAAGAGCUUCCUCCUCGAUGCCUACAAACAGGUGAAAUUGGGUGAGGAUGCCCCCAAUUCCAGUGUGGUGCAUGUCUCCAGUGCAGAAGGAGGUGACAACAGUGGCCACGGUACCCAGGAGAAGAUAGCUGAGGGAGCCGCAUGCCACCUCCUUGACUUUGCUAGCCCUGAGCGCCCACUAGUGGUCAACUUUGGUUCAGCCACUUGACCUCCUUUCACGAGCCAGCUGCCAGCCUUCCGCAAACUGGUGGAAGAGUUCUCCUCAGUGGCCGACUUCCUGCUGGUCUACAUUGAUGAGGCUCAUCCAUCAGACGGCUGGGCGAUACCUGGGGACUCCUCUUUGUCUUUUGAGGUGAAGAAGCACCAGAACCAGGAAGAUCGAUGUGCAGCGGCCCAGCAGCUUCUGGAGCGUUUCUCCUUGCCGCCCCAGUGCCGAGUUGUGGCUGACUGCAUGGACAACAACGCCAACAUAGCUUACGGGGUCGCCUUUGAACGUGUGUGCAUUGUGCAGAGACAGAAAAUCGCUUAUCUGGGAGGAAAAGGCCCCUUCUCCUACAACCUUCAAGAAGUCCGGCAUUGGCUGGAGAAGAAUUUCAGCAAGAGAUGA